AUGAAUUUCCAGGUUUUGUAUAAACAAAAUUGGGGGUUAGCUCGUACUUAUGCGAGGAGGGCGGCCUCACAUAGUGCACAGACUAAAGAAACGUUAUUACCUCCUUUAAUGUUAUACAGAAGAAUUUUAAGAGCCCACAGAGUCUUACCAGAGGUUCAAAGAUCAAUCGGUGACAAGUAUGUGAAAAAUGAAUUUAAACUACAUAAGGAUGUUGAUAACCCAUUACAUAUUGUAGGGUUUCUGACUAGCUGGCAGGACUAUUUGCAUAUGAUUAGCAAUGGUAAAUGGCAAGAAGGAACUCUAUCAAAGAGCGCUUUAGAGAAAAUGUCACCAGAACAAGUGGGUCAGUUAUACGAACUUAUGAAAGAAACUGAACGUGUUCUAUCUGGUAAACCAGAAGAUGGUAAAGAUAAAAACUAA